ACCCCAUUACACUCAGCAGCCUCCAGAGGCUAUGAUGAUGUAGUAAGGGAACUUCUGGAGACGCACGUUGACAUCAAUUUCGGGAACCACAAUGGGAGUACUCCACUACACCUGUCAGUUCAUCACGGGCACACGGCUGUUGUAAAGACGCUGCUUGAUGGAGGGGCAAACGCAAGUCUCUGCGACCUGCAUGGACGUUUACCGAUUCAUAUAGCCUCUGAAGGAGGGAAUAUUUUCAUAUUCCGGGCCCUU